UUCCAAGUCUACUCGUCAAAAGAGCGUAAAAGAGUAGGCAGCUCCUCUGUCUGUGUCUCUGUCUGUCUCCCCGACAUUCCGACUGUUAUUGCCUAUUGGGUAGCGAGUGACUCUGUGAAACGACAAGAGAUGGCUUCUGAGGAUUGCCAAGACGCUCGCAUAGCAAGAAUCGCCGCAGCCAUCCGAGUCAUUCCAAACUUCCCUAAAACAGGGAUUAUGUUCCAAGACAUAACCACCUUGCUUCUUGAUACGAGGGCGUUCAGGGACACCAUCGAUUUGUUCGUUGAGAGGUACAAAGACAAAGAUAUCUCUGUGGUUGCAGGUAUUGAAGCUAGAGGUUUUAUCUUUGGCCCUCCAGUUGCAUUGGCUAUAGGUGCAAAGUUUGUCCCCUUGAGAAAGCCCAAUAAGUUGCCUGGGGAGGUUAUUUCCGAAGAGUAUUCAUUGGAGUAUGGAAAAGACAAAAUGGAGAUGCAUGUAGGCGCUGUUCAAGCAGGAGAACCUGCACUGGUAAUAGAUGAUCUCAUUGCAACUGGGGGAACCUUGUGUGCAGCAAUCAGCCUACUCGAGCGUGUUGGAGUGCAUGUGGUAGAGUGUGCUUGUGUUAUUGAAUUGCCUGAGCUGAAGGGCCGGGAACGGUUGGGAGAGAAACCAUUGUUUGUUCUUGUUGAUGCAGCUUGAUCUGGAGUGUCUGAGGUAGUACCGAUUGUUUCUCGGCUUAUAAUUCUUAUAUACAUGAAUACUAGAUGUCUUCUUGAAGCUAGAUUUUCGGAGAAACUAUUUUGAGUUGAAGUACUCCGGUAAAGCUCGGUUUGCUAAUAAAAGGUAAUUUGUUCGUGUGGUUGAAGAGAA